AUGCAUCUUCUAACCAAAGGGUUCAUGGAGAAUAAUAUGUGUUGGUAUGCUCACAGAGAACUAUUUGUUCCUGAUGAGAGCAUGGAAGAACAGGUGAUUGGGUCAACUUCUAGUGUUAGCAACAUGCACGAAGUUCGAAAUGAGAAUAGUAAUCCUUACAGAAAUAUGAUUAUUGAUGCAAUGACAGUGAGUGAAGGUCCCAGCAGUCCAGGGUGGAAUAUAGAUGUUUGUCUUCGUCUAUUGAUUGAUGAGUUGACACAGUUAUGGUCCUUUAGAGCUUUGACUUAUGACAUAUCGAGGAAACAAAAUUUUGUUAUGAGAGCGGCAUUGAUGUGGACUAUCAAUUAUUUACUAGCUUAUGGAAUGGUUUCUAAUUGGAGCACACAUGGAAAGCUAGCAUGUCCAUACUAUAUGAAGAACAACAAGGCAUUCACGCUAGCAAACGGGGGUAAAGCUUCUUUUUUUGACUAUCAUCGUCAUUUCUUGCCACAUAACCACAGGUUCACAAACAUUGAGGCUGUAAGGACUAUAACAUUGGCAUUUAAAUCAUCGAUCGAGAUUCUAUUGUUUCAAUGGAGUCAGGUUUCUAGACAUCCUGAGUGGAAACCUAAUAUCGAUGCAUGGUUUAAGCAAUUUCAGGUUACGUCUCUUGGACGUGAGCCGAGUCCAAUGGAGUUGUUUGUAGAGACGUAUGUGUGGAGUAAAGACCGCCAAAAGGGGGUGCAACAAUUCAUGGACAACCAUGCUCAGCACUUCGUGGAGACCUAUAAUAGCCGAUUGAGGAAGAGAUAUGGGGACCAUUCUUCAACCCAUCCAGAUUUUGAUCCAGAUUUAUGGAUGGAGGUGGGAUCAUCUGGUGGACCCGAUAAAAAUCAGGUUUACAGGCUCUCCAACACUAUGGCUGAAAACUUGCGUUGGGUUCAUAGUGUCUUAAUCGUUGAAAGCUCUCCAUCAGUAUCGAACACCCAGUCUGAGGAGUUCAUUGCCUUGAAACAACAAUAUUAACAACUCUCGAUGAAUUAUGAUGACCUCCAUCAAAUAGUCAUGGAGAUGAGAUCAAAGAUGGGUGACGAUCCUUGUGCAGCUCCUUUUUGGCAGUAUGGUCCCGGGAACAACCAGCCUCCUCCUCCUCCAACUCCG